AUGCAUCCGUUUCUUGUAAUUUUCUUUUUUGUCUUCUUAGUUUCUAUUUCUGGUAAUGCACAAGACGACAAUGUACCCGCUCAAUCGCCGAGACUCGCGGAGAAACAACCUCCUCUUGUUAUCAUUACUCCGGCGAGGCCUCCGGUACACUCUCCUGUGAAAUCUAAUCGCGUUACUUCUCCGGCGAAGUCACCGACGUCUCCUCAAACGCCCAUUUUACAUCCACCAACGAUCCAAAACUCCACGACUGCACAUUCUUCGACGAAGCAAACUUCGCCUGCCAAGUCUCCGGUGAAAACCCAUGUUUCUUCUCCCACCAUUGCUAUUACUACGAAAUCCCCUGUUUUUGCUCCGGCAAUUUCCCCUGUUUCCUCUCCGACCACUGCGACUCCUUUGAAAUCCCCUGUUUUCGCUCCGGCGACUUCCCCUGUUUUAUCUCCGACCAUUGCGUCUCCUUUAAAAUCCCCUGUUCACUCCCCGGCAACUUCCCCUGUUUCUUCUCGGACCGUAGCGACUCCUUUGGCGUCCCCUGUUAUUGCUCCGGCGACUUCCCCUGUUUCCUCUCGGACCAUUGCGACUCCUUUGACAUCCCCUGUUAUUGCUCCGGCUACUUCCCCUGUUUCCUCUCCGACUACCGCCACGACUCCUGUCUCUGCUCCGGCUACUUCCCCUCCGACGAGGAUUCCAGUGAAGUCUCCUGUCUCCGUUCCAACAAUGAGUCCUACUACCUCGAUAGAAUCGCCUGCCACUGCUCCAGCGAACCAACCACCGGUCCCUGCCGAUGCACCAGAGAUCGCGGCGACGUCGCCGGUAACAACCCCUGGUAUUCCGUCGAGUCCUUCCACUCCAGCAAAUGCGCCAGAUAUAUUUCCUUACGGACGCCGUCCUGUAAGUAGUUCUGCACCAGCGACAGCAAAUUUGGCGCCGGAGACUGCCGGAAAUAAGUCGGCUUCGAAAUCAGUUCACCAGGAUGUUCUUUGCCCAUUAGUGAUUAUCGUGGCCACUUUGGUACUCUAG